GAUACCCUGCCCUCUGCUUCACCCCCAGCCCCCUUAACCACACUAUCCCUGCAUCCCUAUCCACGAGACCCUGCACUCCCCACAACUCUAAUCAUGAUGUCCCUGUAUCCCAACUGCAGUACACCACACCCCACUGGCCCCCUUCCUGCUCCCCAGCCUGUACCUCACCUGUGCCCCUUUGCACCCCCAGUCACAGUACCUGCACCCCUAACCAGGGUCUUGCUGCAGCUCUCAUAGCCUCUCUGCACCUCCUGCUCCCAUACCCUCCCCAGUGUUCCCCUGUCACCCCUGCUACUGUACCCCCAUGUGCCCCUAAGCAGCCCAUAUCCUCCUGCUCCUCCAGCCACCCAGCACUUUUGAAACAGCUCCCCCACUAGCCUGUCGCCCUAAUGUGGCCCCCUAGUUCUUCUGUCCUCUGCAAGCACUAGAUCUCCCUUCACCACUCUCACUUCACCUCCAGCACCUUUCCUUGCAGUUCUCCUGCACCCCCUAAGCAGCCAGUGUCCCCCUUUCUUUAUCUGUACCUCCUUACACCAGCAUCCUGCCUGCACUCCUCAGCAUCCCUGGCUACCCCCAACUACCAUGUGCCCCUGCCCCACACACACUUCUUCCCCCCAUAAGCCCCUUCCCCACCUAGUUGCCCCCUUUUCCUUCCAGCUAGCCCCUUCCUGGAUCUCCCCCCUGGCCUGGCCAUCCCAGGCUACCCUGGCACUCUGUUUGGGGCAAGAAGAUGUGCUUUGGGGGAAGAAUGACAGGACAGUGUGGGGGGCACACUCCAUCCUGCCUGAUAUCCGAGUGGGGGGGAUUUCUCCCACGUUGGCAGUCCCAGGACUCACAUGGUGCAGACCUUUGCCCUUUCUCACUUCAGUUUCUGUGACGACCGAGCUCACCGGCGGACUUUGGAGGGGCUGGUGGGUGAUUAACCAUGUUGCCACUCUUCCCCCAGAGCUUUGCAGCCCCAGUCCCAGACAUGGCACCUGGGAAGCCUGGGAAGAGCGCGGGGGCCUCGGAGAACUCCUCAGUUACGCUUUUCCGGGAGUACCUGAGGAUUGACACUGUCCACCCCAAACCUGACUAUGAUGCAGCUGUCCAGUUUCUGGAGCGCAUUGGCACCGACCUGGGCUUGGCCUGCCAAAAAGUGGAGGUGUGCCAGGGCCGUGUGGUGCUGAUCCUGACCUGGCAGGGCACGAACCCCCGCCUGCGCUCCAUCCUCCUCAACUCCCACACUGAUGUCGUGCCCGUCUUCGAGGAGCACUGGACUUACCCACCCUUCGAGGCUGUUAAGGACUCGCAAGGCAACAUCUAUGCCCGGGGUGCCCAGGACAUGAAGUGUGUCUCCAUCCAGUACCUUGAGGCCAUCCGGAGGCUAAAGGCAGAGGGAAAGUCUUUUGCUCGCACCAUCCACCUCACCUUUGUGCCUGAUGAGGAGGUGGGUGGACACAAGGGCAUGGAGAUGUUCGUGCAGCGUCCCGAGUUCAAAGCGCUCAACGUGGGCUUUGCCAUGGAUGAGGGCUUGGCCAGCCCAUCUGACACCUUCAGUGUCUUCUAUGGUGAGAGGAGCCCAUGGUGGAUAAAAGUGAAGUGCAUGGGUAGCCCCGGGCAUGGGUCCCGCUUCAUCAGCAACACGGCUGCUGAGAAGAUGCAAAAAGUCAUCAACUCCUUCCUGGCCUUCAGGGAGAGCGAGAAGCAGAGGCUCAAGACUGACUCAAGCCUGACCCUGGGGGAUGUCACCUCGCUCAACAUGACCAUGCUGGAGGGGGGUGUCUCCUUCAACGUGGUGCCCUCGGAGAUGGCUGCCAGCUUCGACAUCCGCAUCCCACCCACUGUGGACCUGAAGGCCUUCGAGGAGCAGGUGGCCAAGUGGUGCCGUGGUGCUGGGGAUGGUGUCACUUACGAGUUUCACCAGAAAUGCAUGGACCAACACAUAACCUCCACUGAUGAGUCGGACCCGUGGUGGAAGGCCUUCAGUGGGGUCUGUAGGGACAUGAAACUGCAGCUCAAGCUCGAGAUCUUCCCGGCUGCCACCGACAGCCGCUACAUCCGAGCGGCAGGACACCCCGCUAUCGGCUUCUCGCCCAUGAACCGCACGCCGGUGCUGCUCCAUGACCACAACGAGUUCCUCAACGAGCAAGUCUUCCUGCGGGGCAUCGAGAUCUACGCCCGCCUCCUGAGCGCCCUGGCCUCGGUGCCCCCGCUGCCUGCCGAGGGCUGAGCGCCCGGCCAGGGGCAGGACGGGGGGUGCCGAGCAGCAGGACGCAAGGCUUUGAAAAGAGGGCAAGGGGUGGGCACAGCAAAUGUCUGCUGGUGUACCGGGGAUGCAGAUGGCAUCGUGCCAUGUUGGCUGUGUUCAGGGCUGGCCUGCUGGUGAGACCCGAGGGGUUGAGUCUCCCUUGCCCAUAUGCCAGCAGAGCCUUGUUUCCAGGUGCCUCCAGCCUUUCCUAGUAUUGGCAGUGCCUCCUGCUGUCCUUGUUCCACCUCUGGCUGCAGGGGCUGGGUGGUAAGGGGCUGGCCAGUGGCCUGCUCUGCCUGCCCACACCUUGUCCUGCCUCCCUGCCUGCUUGCCAGAGGAGCCGGGGCCAAAUGCCACCUGUCCUCCCUGUGCAAGUCAAUAAAUCUCCUUGGUAAGCACA